AUCGAAAUUAUUGCAGGUUAUUUGAGGGGAACUGUUUGAUAGAAACGGAAUCCCGCCACAGGGUAGUUGCUUCAAAUACCCAAUUACCCAUACCCCGCAUCGCUCAAACAGUUUCUCUCUUUCUAUCUCUAUCGCGCUCUCACAACUCCAAGAAAGAACGACGAGAAGAAGAAGAACAACAAGAUGCAGAUCUUCGUCAAAACUUUGACCGGAAAGACUAUCACUCUCGAGGUUGAGAGUAGCGACACCAUCGACAACGUCAAGGCCAAGAUCCAGGACAAGGAAGGCAUCCCUCCUGACCAGCAGAGGUUGAUUUUCGCUGGUAAGCAACUGGAAGAUGGUCGCACUCUUGCUGAUUACAACAUACAAAAGGAAUCAACUCUUCACUUGGUCCUGAGGCUCAGGGGAGGAACCAUGAUUAAAGUGAAGACUUUAACUGGAAAAGAAAUUGAAAUUGACAUUGAGCCAACUGAUACAAUUGAUCGUAUCAAGGAGCGUGUUGAAGAAAAAGAAGGAAUUCCACCUGUGCAGCAGAGGCUCAUAUAUGCUGGUAAGCAGCUUGCUGAUGACAAAACAGCUAAAGAGUACAACAUUGAGGGUGGUUCCGUGCUUCACUUGGUGCUUGCUUUGAGGGGUGGUAAUUAGUAAGGUAGAAUGCACAUUCCGAUCUCAAGACAUUAGCUUGUUCAGACAUGGUCACUUUCUAGUUCUUGGUAAAUGUUUAAAAAUUGCUUCUGAACCUAAAGACAUGAAAGGAAGCUCUACACUCGUCCAUCUCUGAGGACAUGAUUGUUCUUUUAUGUGCUUGGUUUUAUAAAUUUGGGGUAACUAUUGGCGGUCACUUUAUUGUAUGCUUUUAAACCCAAAAGUUGACAUCUUAAUGAAUCUCUAAACUAAUCAUUUAUAACCAUAAGUACAAUUGUGAGAGUUUUGCUCUGUGA